AUGUUUGCUUUCGGUUACGACAACAACAACAACAACCGUGACCACAAAAUCUUGUGGAAGUUUUUGGGUCAUGAUGACUACAAAGAGAUUGGUUAUAAAAAUAUCCCAUCCUACUACGAAAUAUAUGGUUUUAAUUCUAGUUCAUGGAGGGUUCUUGAUGUAAAUCCCGACUGUGAUUUACAAAGCAGCGUAUCAUUGAAGGGAAAUACUUACUUUUUUGCUCGACGAAUACAAAAGGUUGGAGAGGUAGUAGCUUCAGAGAUGAUUGGUUUUUUACUCUGUUUUGAUUUUACAACAGAGAGAUUUGGAGAACGCCUUCCUCUACCCUUUCACACCAACUAUGAUGUUCCACGACAUGUGAUUCUGUCUUGUGUAAGAGAAGAGAAGCUGGCUGUGUUAUAUCAAGGCUACGAGACAUGUUCGUUAAUAGAGAUUUGGAUAACGACUAAGAUUGAGCCCUGUGAAGUAUCAUGGAUCAAGUUCUUAAGAGUGGAAAGGACAUCUCUCUCUGAAUUUCGUGUUGGGAGAAGCUUCUUCAUUGAUGAGGAGAAUAAAGUUGUUGUGGUUUCCGAAUCUCCUAGAUGGAUACUCCAAACCUGUGAGAAUCGGAGACGGUCAUCUUUGGGAAGCUGA